ACAAAAUCCAGCAAACCCGAGGUUUCGUUUCUUCUCUUCUCUAUUCCACUUCCCGCCGGCGGUUCAAGGACAGACGAGCAGAGCGGCGUCGGGCUUUUCUUUCCGUCCCGGCGGAGAUUUCAAAUGUCUUCAUUCUGAGUGAAGAGCACCCGGUAGGCUUAUUCACAUCAUAACUGUGCAGAGAUUGAUCCAGGGUAAGGAAAUAUCAAAAUGGCCAAUAGUAAAUAUGAGUACGUGAAGUCAUUUGAAGUUGAAGAUGAAAUUGCACUUCCCAGUAUCAUUGUUGUUCGACUUCAUGCUCGUGACUUUGUAAGAUUCUGCAAAGCUCACGAGCUAAGAAGGCCUUAUGAUGAAGAAGCCUUGGAGUUGAUGAACUCAUGUGCGGAAUUUGUGCAGAGAAAAUAUCCAGAUAUACUCUUUUCUUAUGGAUUCAAUGAUGAAUACAGUUUUGUCUUUAAGAAGAAAUCCAAGUUCUAUGAGAGGCGAGCUAGGUACUGUACACAAGCUAUCAAGGGAAAUGGAGAAUUUUUAACUUAGUUUUUGUACAUUUUUGUCUUCUGAUGACUUAAGGCUCAUGUAACUCCUUUUUAUGACUUUUCAGCAAAAUUUUAUCCUUGGUUACAUCAUGUUUCACUUCAGUAUUCGUUGACAAGUGGAAAGAAUUUUUCUCGGAAAGAGAACUGAAAUUUCCUCCUUCAUUCAGCGGACGAGUUAUUGUUUGUGCAACUGUUGAUGUUCUUCAACAUUAUCUUGCAUGGAGACAACAUGAAUGUUAUAUAACAAAUCAGCAUAGUGCUUGUUUUUGGGCGUUGGUUAAUCAAGGGAGAACUGAAAAGGAAGCAGAAGAGAUUUUGAAAGAUACGAAAAAGCAAGAGCAAAAUGAGAUGCUUCAUCAACAAUUCAAUAUCAAUUACAAUAAUCUUCCGAAAAUAUUCCGCUGGGGUUCUUGUGUCCUACUCAUGGAGGUGGAAGCUAUUGUAAAGUACGACAAGGAUGGAUGUCCUAUUACAAGAUUGAAAAAGCAAAUAUCAACAGUCCAUUCUCAAGAUAUAGCUAGAAGAACCUUUUGGAAUCAGAAGCCAAGUCUCGUAAAAGAACUGGGUUCUUUUGUGGAAGAUAUCAAAAGAAUCGACAAAGAUUAUGUUAAGUAUUUCCAAUCCAAAAACAAGUUGAUGCCAUAUACUUGGGGAGUCAUAAGAAUCGAUGGAAGCCAUUUCCACAAAUUUGCUGAUGUCCAUAAUUUCGAGAAGCCAAAUGAUGAACAAGCUUUGAAGUUAAUGAAUGAAUGUGCAGUUGGUGUUCUGGAUGCGUUCCGAGAAUUUAUAUUCUCAUAUGGUGUUAGUGAUGAGUACAGCUUUAUAUUAAAGAGAAGCAGUCACCUUCAGAGAACCCAUGCUAGCGAUAUUGUGUCUUCUGUAGUAUCGUUCUUUACAUCCAUGUACGUGAUGAAAUGGAAGGCCUUCUUUCCAUUGACAGAUCUAGUUUGUCAGCCCUCAUUUGAUGGAAGGGUUGUCUGCUAUCCAUCAACAGAUAUCCUGCGAGAUUAUUUGUCAUGGAGGCAAGUAGAUUGCCACAUAAACAACCAGUAUAAUACUUGUUUCUGGAUGCUGGUUAAGUCAGGAAAAAGUAGAAGUGAGGCGCAGCAGAUAUUAAAGGGUACUCAAUCACAGGAGAAAAUGGAACUGCUUGCUAAUAACUUUGGUAUUGACUACAAUGCUAUAGGGGAAAAGUUACGCCUUGGUUCCUCGGCUUUCUGGGAAGAAGAGACUGGCUGCAGCAAGAUUGUCGUACAACACUGCAACAUAAUUGAUGGUGGUUUUUGGGAAGCACAUCCUUACAUUCUUGCUUAGCUCUUCCAAUGAUUCUGGAAUUCAGUUCAGUCAAAGGCUAAACUUAGAAGUUCGCUUAUGAACUCACAACGGCGAGCCAAUUGCUUCUCAAAGGUGCAAUCAAGUGCAAUAUUUUGAUUGCAGGCUGCCAACUAGAGGUCAAUGGUGCAUGAAGAUAUUUUAUGGAGAUCGCUGUCUCAAGUUCUCAUGCUUAAGCUAAUACGGUAGCCUCUCUUUAGGAGUGAAGGUGCUCAAGUGUAUUGGCUGAGAAUUAUGUCCUAGAACACCAUUCUAAUGAGGAAUUUGUAUUCUAUAAUCCUUUGACACUAAUGUUGUGACAUUUAUGAUGCAUAUUCAAAGAUGUACAUUGUAGAUUCUUCUCACAACAUUGAUUUUUGCUGUCUGCCUAUAUCAGAA